AAUGUGUUCAUUGCUUGGGAGAUUGUUGCUGUGUACGGAACCUCCACAAGGCGUCGGUUUCCGGCCGUUAGAUCUUUGGCCGUGACAUUGAUCAGACGGCUGUGAUGAUCUUCUUCGCUCUUCUCUUGUUGCAUUGUUUAGUUGACUAGAGUGUCGUUCUGUCGUGGCUCUGGCUGGAACGUGUUGCUUCGCGAGCAUUUUAAGUUUCGAUCUUGGCUCGAAAUUUGAUGCUUUUGGAUCAGGACUGCUUGCGGAUCCAGAAGCACGUGGCGACCGGUACUUGCUAGUUACUAGUGACAUGCAACGCAUGGCGGUUUCACCAAUUAUUGAGAGAUUGUUUUAUGUUUCUUUAUGUUUGCUUUGGUAAAAGCAGGAGAGAUAGAAUUUGGGCCUUUUUCGUGUACGGCCCAUUAUGAUAUUUAAUGACGGAAAUAGCCCUUCGUCUCUUCUUUUGUUAUUUGUUCCUUUGUUUAAAUUCAAUAUCUCUCACUCGCGUCCGGGAAUGAAACGACUUUGAGAAUCCAAGAACGUGGGAAAGAAAUCACAGUACUGAAGAGACACCGCGAAGAUGGCGAGAAUGAUGGAAGUGGCGCGCUUUGAAGAGAAUGGAUUUGAAGAACCCAACAAUGGAGAAGAAGUUUCAUGGGAUGAUCUGGAGAGAGAAGCUGCUAGUAAUAUAUCGUCUAAAAGAUCUCAGGCCGGGAGAUCUCACCAGCACGACUCGUUUAGAAAAGGUGACGAACUUUCUGGAGACUUGUAUGAACUGUGGAGGCAAGAACAGAACAGUAUAGCUGCAAGACUAGACAAAGAGCUUAAAUCCAGGUGGGAAUUGGAUGAACUGAUUGAAGAACAGCUGAGUAGAUACCAGUCCCAUUACUACAACGCCAUGGUUUCAACGUCCUUAAAGGAUGUAUCUAACCUCGUCCUGCCCACGUGGCUACCUCCUCAUGAGCUUGCUGCUGUGGCCUGGCUUGGAGACUGGCGUCCGACCUCCAUACUUGACCUUGUCCGCAUUCUGGCCGCUCAAAACCCUGCCUUCUCUCUGUCUGAGUCGAGUGAACGUGUACUCUCUCAGCUUCUCCGUGAGAUACGCAUUGAGGAGGCCGUGAUCGAUGAGGAAUAUGCAGAAAUUCAGGCAACCUGUGUCCUUCACCUCCCCUUUUCACCGCUAUGCAGUACUCGGUCGCAUGAAGAAGCUCUGCGUUCUGUGCAGGAGCUGUUUGGGAACAUCCAUAAAGUAAUCUCAAAGGCACAACGACUCAGGUAUAAAGUGUUAGAGCUGGUGAUGAAGAAGCUAAUGAAUCAAACAGAUACAGCCGAGUUUGUGGUCGCAUUUGCAGGGAUUCAAGACGCCAUCCACCAGUUUGGAGAACAGAAGAAGCUAAAAAGGCUCUACCCGGCAGUUCCUUCACCUCUGAAGGGAUCAGGAUCAUCCAGUUGAGAGCUGUUCUAGGAGUUCCAAUUUCAGAGUAAAAACUAUAAAAUGCUGUGAUCUUGAAUCUGUCUGUUAGGAAUCUCUGUCUAUUCAUCAACUCAUAUAUGUCAGCUUACCUUAGUAAAAACGAAAAUGUUUCGCUGUCACCGACCACUAUAUCCUCUGGAUUCAGUGGUACUGUACUUACGUCAGUUGUAAGUAAUACAACAAUAUUUACAUUUUAAAACCGAUUCUUGUAU